UCUAGACUCUAUGACGUUGCCGUUCCCGUAUAUAAUCCAUCUCUCUCAAUCAUCAAUCUCUUACCCCUUUCUCUUGAAACUCGUCGCAGAGAAUAAAUCUAACUACUACCAUGGGUACUGAAGCCAGGAAACUCCAGGGUGAAGUCGAUCGACCUCAACAGGAGCUUCAAACCUUGAAAGCACAAUAUCAUAGCGAGGACGAAGAGCUUAUCACUAUCUCUGAUUACAUUUUGAAGAGAUUGGAACAGCUCAACGUGACGUCCAUCUUCGGAGUACCGGGGGAUUUUAACAUGCACCAUCCCACAAUUCAAUGGAUUGGGAACUGCAACGAGUUGAACGCAGCUUACGCAGCAGAUGGAUACUCCCGCGUGAAAGAGCAUAGCAUAGGUGUGGUUGUCACAACGUUCGGUGUUGGCGAAUUGAGUGCUACCAACGCAAUUGCAGGCGCGUUCUCUGAAAUGGUCCCUGUCCUUCAUAUCGUCGGAGUGCCUAGCACUACACAGUUGAAGAAUAAGCCUAUGCUCCACCACACACUUGGUGAUGGAAGAUUCAACGUAUAUACGAAAGUUGCGGAACAGAUCACCGCUGCUCAGGCCAUUAUUAUGAACAAAGCACAAGCUGCGGCCGAAAUUGAUCGAAUCCUCGUGGAGGCUAUCAUUCAAGCUCGCCCCGUCUACCUUACCCUUCCGAUGGACCUCACCACCGAAAAGAUCUCUGCCAAGCGCUUGAAGAUCGAACUCCCGCGGACCCCUCCUCCCAAUAACCCAGACGUCGAGAGCUAUGUUAUCGACGAGAUUGUGAAGCUCGUGGAGGAUGCUAAACGAGACGUCAUUAUCCUCGUCGAUGCUUGCGCCGUUCGUCACGACUUGCGCGAGGAAGUCAACGACCUCCUCGUGAAAACACAGUUCCCUGUAUACGCAACACCAAUGGGAAAGACAUCAGUGAGUGAGGAGUAUGAACGAUAUGGUGGUAUUUACAUCGGUUCGAUCACGCAUCCAUCCAUCAAGGAGAGGGUCGAGAACGCAAACCUUAUCCUCUCGAUUGGCGCGUUAAAGUCAGAUUUUAACACGGGAAUGUUCACGUACCAUAUUCCUGCGAGGCACACCAUCGAGCUACAUUCCGACCAUACACUUGUUCGCCACGCAAAAUUCCCGGAUAUAGGAAUGAAAUGGCUUCUCCCGAAGCUUACGGAGAGGUUGAGUAAAUUCCAGGAGGGUGCAUCACGAAUCCCCGUUCCGCACUAUAAGUUAGAUAUUCCAAAGGAAAGUGACGACAAGAUUUCGCAUGCUCAUUUCUGGCCUCGCCAGGAUGUCAUCGUUGCUGAGACUGGCACUUCAAACUUUGGGGUUAUGGACGUUCCAAUGCCUGACCAGUGUAUUUUCGUCAGCCAAAUCUUGUACGGAAGCAUUGGAUGGGCGACCGGUAAACACUCUCAAGUUUCUCUACUGAACUUGCAUCUGACUGGAAACGACUCGAUCGCAGCCCGCGACAGACAUCUUGGGCGUACCAUAUUAUUCACCGGUGAUGGUAGCAUGCAAUUGACUGUGCAAGAGAUCUCAACCAUGACUCAUAACAAGUUGACGCCGAUAAUCUUUGUGCUGAAUAACAAGGGCUACAACAUCGAGAGGCAUUUGCACGGCCUCGAUAGGAAGUACAACGACAUUGCAGACUGGAAAUGGACUUCGCUCCUCACUACUCUCGGCGAUAUUGAGGGCAAGCUGACACAGUCGUACACGGUCCGCAGCAAGUCAGAACUCGACAAGCUUCUCGAUGACGAGGACUUCGUGAGUGCGCGAAAGAUCCAGUUGGUCGAAGUAAUCAUGGACAAGUACGACACACCCCGUGCUUUACAAGCAUCCGCAGCAUUGACUGCACAAGCUGCGGCGGGGCAGCUCUGAAUUAUUUUUGACGCAUCAAGACCGUAUAACCGCUGUAUUAGUAUUAUCACAAUGAAAAUGACUCUGUUUUGUGAA